GGGAGGGUGUUAGGGGGCGUUUCUCCAGGAGGAAAGCUGUGAGCUGCGACGCUGAGGAAGGGGACCCCAAAACGUCUGGCACUGCCCCCUCCAGGGAUCACUUUGGACCGCCUCACUCGGCCCAGCGGGAUUCAGAAACGCCGAGGGGUCAACCUGAUGGGUUUCGGGGUCAACGGAAGAGGGGAAGGGGAGCCCUGGCGGGGUGAACCCCCCGGUCCCCCGCCCAGCAGCUGAGGCACAGGAGGGCGGCCAUCUUGGCCGGGAGGGUAGGGCUGGGGAGCUGCGGGCGCCGUGCGAUUGGGGGGCUCGCCCGGAAGUGACGCCAACUACCCGGAAGCGGAGGGGGUUCCCUGGCCCACUCCCCCCUCGUUCGUUUGCUCCCCCGCUUCCUCCCCGCCCCCCUUCCUCUCCAUUCGUUUCCCCCCCUUUCCCUGCCUUCUCCCCCCCCCCACCCGUCCCUCCCCCCCCAACCUCCGGAGCUGGGAAGAGAGUCAAGAUGGCGGCGAAAUCCGAUGGCGGUGGCGUGGGGGUGGGCUUCGCCCAGCUGCACAACCUGGACGAGGCGGUGGGCAGCGGCGGCGAGGAGGACGGGGAGCCCGGGGGAGGCGGCUGCGGCGGCGGCGGCGACGGCAGCGAGCCCGGCGAGAGCAGCUCGCUGCACAUCUGCCACUGCUGCAACACUUCCUCGUGCUACUGGGGCUGCCGCUCCGCCUGCCUGCGCUCCCUCCUGGGCAAGACGCCGCGCCGCAGCGCCGCCGCCGCCGACGGGGGGGACCAGCCGCUGCAGCCGUCCGCGGCCGCCGGCCACCACCCCCCGACGCCCUCGGCCGAGCGGCCGCAGCCGCCGCAGGUGGAGCGGCCGUGGCUCGACUGCCUGUGGAUCGUGCUGGCGCUGCUAGUCUUCUUCGGGGACGUGGGCACCGACCUGUGGCUUGCCCUCGACUACUACCGCAAGGGGGACUACGGCUACUUCGGGCUGACCCUCUUCUUCGUGCUGGUGCCGUCCCUGUUGGUGCAGAGCCUGAGCUUCCGCUGGUUCGUGCAGGACUACACGGGCGGCGGGCUGGGCGCCGUGGAGGGGCUCAGCAGCCGGGGCCCCCCCAUGAUGGGGGCCGUCUACGGCCAUGGCGCGGGGGUCCCGGCCACGCCGGGGGCGCAGCGCCUCUGCCGCCUCUCCGUGUGGAUCUGGCUGUCGGUCAUCCACCUGCUGCAGAUGGGGCAGGUGUGGAGGUAUAUCCGCACCAUGUACCUGGGGAUUCAGAGCCAGCGGCAGAAGGAACACCAGCGACGCUUCUACUGGGCUAUGAUGUAUGAAUAUGCAGAUGUUAACAUGCUGCGCCUCCUGGAGACCUUCCUGGAAAGCGCCCCCCAACUGGUGCUACAGCUCUGCAUAAUGAUCCAGAAGAGCCGCGCCGAGACGCUGCCCUGUGUCUCCUCUGUGACUUCCCUGAUGUCCCUGGCUUGGGUGCUAGCCUCCUAUCACAAGCUGCUGCGGGACUCCAGGGACGACAAGAAGAGUAUGAGCUACAGAGGGGCCGUCAUCCACCUCUUCUGGCGCCUCUUCACCAUCUCAUCCAGAGUUCUCUCUUUUGCCCUCUUUGCUUCCAUCUUCCAGCUCUACUUCGGGAUCUUCGUGGUGGUUCACUGGUGCGCCAUGGCCUUCUGGAUCAUCCAUGGCGGAACAGACUUCUGCAUGUCCAAGUGGGAGGAGAUCCUCUUCAACAUGGUGGUAGGGAUUGUGUACAUUUUCUGCUGGUUUAACGUCAAGGAAGGGCGGACUCGAUAUCGAAUGUUCGCAUAUUAUACGAUAGUCUUGACCGAGAAUGCUGUCUUGACGUUCCUUUGGUAUUUUUACAGAGACCCGGAGACCACUGACUCCUUUGCGGUGCCAGCACUGUGUUGUGUCUUCAUUAGCUUUGUGGCUGGGAUUGCAGUGAUGCUCUUAUAUUAUGGUGUGCUGCAUCCCACGGGGCCGCGAGCUAAGCUCUUGGUCAGCUCCUGUUGUGCCGAGCUGCUCUGGGGCAUCCCUUUGCCCCCCGAUGUUGAGCCCAUGGCGCCUCAGACCCCUGGGUACCGGGGGACCCAGGUCACGCCUACCAGAGCCGUAACGGAACAACAGGAGGAUCUCACGGCUGACACUUGCUUGCCCGUUUUCCAAGUGAGACCCAUGGGGCCCUCUACCCCGUUGGGGCGUCCUUACCACCCAGAAGGGCCCCUCAUUAAGAUUGACAUGCCAAGAAAGAGAUACCCAGCUUGGGAUGCUCAUUUUGUAGACAGGAGGUUGAGAAGGACUAUUAACAUUCUGCAGUACGUCACCCCCGCCGCGGUAGGCAUUCGGUAUCGAGAUGGACCGCUCCUUUACGAGUUGCUACAGUAUGAGUCUUCACUCUAA